GGGGCGAGCGCUGCGGGCUCGCCCGGGUAGCAGCGCUGCAGCAUCCCCGCCGAGCUCCCCGCACCCGCGGCCCGCGCAGCGCGCCGCUCCCGCUCUGCAGCCCUGAGGCAGCCCCUGGCGAGGCCUGGCAGGUCCACCCCGGAUCACAGCUCGGUCCAGUCGGGGCGGCGGCGCGGCGGCGGAGGGCGCUGAGCCGAGAUGCGAUGGCUGGGGGGCACCCUGCUGUGCCUGCUGCUGGCGGCGGCGGUCCCCACGGCCCCCGCGCCAGCUCCGACAGUGACCCCGGCUUCGUUCGAGCCCGGCCCGGCUCUCAGCUACCCGCAGGAGGAGGCCACCCUCAACGAGAUGUUCCGCGAGGUUGAGGAACUGAUGGAAGACACGCAGCACAAACUGCGCAGCGCGGUGGAGGAGAUGGAGGCAGAAGAGGCUGCUGCUAAAACGUCAUCAGAAGUGAACCUGGCACGCUUACCUCCCAGCUAUCACAAUGAGACCAACACGGAAACCAAGGUUGGAAAUAACACCAUCCACGUCCACCGAGAAAUUCACAAGAUCACCAACAACCAGACUGGACAGAUGGUCUUUUCAGAGACGGUCAUUACGUCAAUGGGCGAUGAAGAAGGCAGAAGGAGCCACGAGUGCAUCAUUGAUGAGGACUGUGGGCCUGGCAGGUACUGCCAGUUUUCCAGCUUCGAGUACUCCUGCCAGCCGUGCCGGGACCAGCAGACACUCUGCACUCGGGACAGCGAGUGUUGUGGAGACCAGCUGUGCGUCUGGGGUCACUGCACCAAAACGGCCACCAAAGGCGGCAACGGGACCAUCUGCGACAACCAGAGGGACUGCCAGCCGGGGCUGUGCUGUGCCUUCCAGAGAGGUCUGUUGUUUCCUGUGUGCACACCCCUGCCCGUGGAGGGUGAGCUCUGCCACGACCCUGCCAGCCGGCUUCUGGAUCUCAUCACCUGGGAGCUGGAGCCUGAUGGAGCUUUGGACCGAUGCCCAUGUGCCAGUGGCCUCCUCUGCCAGCCUCAGAGGCAGGAUGUUAGAGGAGGUGCCGUGAAAGUGAGCUGGGCUCGUGCAGAGGGCGGGGCCUCAGUUUGGGGGCCUGGGCCUCGUCCCCGUCCCUCCCUCCGCAGCCACAGCCUGGUGUACAUGUGCAAGCCCACCUUCGUCGGGGGCCGCGAUGAGGACGGAGCGAACCUGGUGCCCAGAGACGUCCCGGACGAGUACGAAGACGGCGGCUUCAUCGAGGAGGUGCGCCGGGAGCUGGAGAACCUGGAGAGGAGCCUGUCAGUGGAAAUGGCUCUCAGGGAGCUCGGGGCCGCCUCGGAGCUGCUGGAGGGAGAGGAGAUUUAGACCCACUGUUCUAUGGGUAGACAUGCAACAGAAGUAGUUAAUUUAUUUCCCCAGCUGUGUCCCUAGGUGUGGGCUCACCAGGCUUUUUUUCCGUGCCCUCUUCCCAGUACAUUUCCCCCUCUGGCUUGAAACAACAUGAGGGGCUGCACCCUUGCCCAGCACCCACCCCCCUCCCCCAUGCAUCACAAUUCUGGUGUCCGGGGAAGACCAGGGUGUGGGAGGCUGAAGGUAGAAUAGGGCUGCUACACUGGUCCAAAGUAUUGGCUGCUUCGCCUCUGCUGGUUGGCAGACGGCAUGUUUUGUUUUGUAUGACAUUGCCUCGAGAAUAGUUGGAGGGGAGGGGAUGGAAAAGAAUGCAGAAUUUCCCCACGAUGGGUUUUGGGGAAAUGUUGACUCAAACACGUGGAGAAGAAUGCCCUGCUUUGCAAACGUAAACCUGCGAAAAUGCAACAAGUGAUUCUUUCAUGCCAUUCUCCCCAUGGGCACAGGCAAGCGCUGCCCUCAGCUGCUGCAGGUGAAACGUUCUCACUCAGCGUUGCCUGCAUUCAUCCUCUCAGCAGUGUUACUCAGCUCCUACCUCUGUGCCAGGGCAGCAGUGUCAUGUCCUCUCACCACAGCCUGGUGAAGGGGGCGUUGGUCUCCCCGUCUGUCAGGAUCUCGGAGGCUCAGAGAUGUCAAGUGGCUUGCCAAGUCACACAGCUAGUGAAGACCAGAGCAGGAUGUCACCCAGGUGUGGUUCCAAGCCCACUGCUCUCCCCACCAGCCUCAGUGCCACCAAAAGUACCCCCUACGAGGAUAAAGAAUGAGAUUUUUUUCCUUUUUUUUUUUUUUGAGGCACAUCUGGAACUAAGGUCAAACUAGUUCACACAUCCCUGUAAGAUUAAAGAAGUUCUGCUGUCAGAAAAACAGCAUUCUCCCCAGCGUUCUCCCCAGUGUGGGUGGCCAUCACUCCAGUGGAGACAGAGGUAUUGACACUGUCCCCUGUGGCAGUCAGUUAUAUCAGUAACUUUGAAGGUACACAUGACCGGAGCAUAAUAUGUAAGUUAACGUGCCAGAAACAGUACUUAGGUAAUCUUAGGGCCAGGAUUAUAAAUGAAAUUUGCAAAACCACUUACCAGCAACUGAAGACCAUUAUUGACUGCAUGGAGAAAAUCAAGCCAAGCAAGACUGUGAAAUAUGGUUGUAAUAUCCAAGCUAAGAGCACUGAAUUGUAUGCUGUUCUAUAAAUAUUUUCAAGUGUCAUGGACUGUUUCCAUCAUGUAUUCAGAGUUAUUAAAUGUUAAAGUCACACACAAUUGUAUAAGCAUGCUUUCUUCAAGUUUUAAAUUAUGUAUAAACACAUGUUGCAUUUAGAAAUCAAGCAUAAAUCACUUAAACUAC